CAGUAAGAAUUUUCUUCGCGGGUUUGCUGGAUUGGCCCUGGUGUUUCUGACUUUUUCCCGUUGUGGAAAAGGAGUGAUUUUUUUUUCCGUCCUCACAGGAGUUUCGCGGUUUUAAGUCGGACCGUAGCUCUUCAAAGGAUGUUCAGCUCGGUUAAUGGUUGAAGAAUCUUUAGUUCCUUUGAGCCCUUGGUUUUGGGUAAAUAAACCGCAGAGCUCAUACCUUUCCGUAUUGUGCGGUUUACUGUUGACUUUAGAGCGGCCCCUCUGAAGCCCAUCCACGGACUCUGGUAUGGGAACCAGCAGUGAGGAGCUGGCUUAGAGGGAGACAGGAGGUGAGGCCCAGGCUUUGGGAUCAGACUAGGGUUUGAACACUGGCUCCCCAGUUUACCACUGUGUUACCUUGGGCUGAAGUUACCUAAGUAAUUGGAACCUCAGUCGUUUUCCUAGUUAAAGUGGAACUAAUACAACUUGGAAAGAUUAUGAAGAUUAAAUGAAAGAAGGAAGUUGCUGUAUUGUCCUGCCUCAGAGAACAAGCUCAAGCCUAGCCUGGGUUGCUGCCUUUGAAAGCAAGGGAAGGUCUGUAAAAUAUCAACUACAGCACAGCAUGGAAUUUCCAGAGAACUCUUAUUUCAAAACUUCAUAAAGAACCAGAACUACAUGGACUUCUGCGAGGGAGACUGACCUGGCCUGAGCUUGAGGGAAAGGAUAAUGUGUGACCAGCCAGUAAGUAACACCAAGGAGGCCAGGUGGCAGAAGGUCUUGUAUGAGCGACAGCCGUUUCCCGAUAACUACGUGGAUCCACGGUUCUUGGAAGAUUUCCGGAAAAACAUCUAUGCCCGGAAAUACCAAUAUUGGGCUGUGGUGUUUGAGUCCAGUGUGGUGAUACAGCAGCUGUGCAGUGUGUGUGUUUUUGUGGUUAUCUGGUGGUAUAUGGACGAAGGUCUUCUGGCCCCUCACUGGCUUUUUGGGACUGGCCUGGCUUCUUCAUUGAUUGGCUAUGUUUUGUUUGAUCUCAUUGAUGGAGGUGAAGGGCGGAAGAAAAGUGGGCGGACUCGGUGGGCAGACCUGAAGAGUGCACUAGUUUUCAUUACUUUUACAUAUGGUUUUUCACCAGUGCUGAAGACCCUGACAGAGUCUGUCAGCACUGACACCAUCUAUGCCAUGUCAGUCUUCAUGCUGUUAGGCCACCUCAUCUUCUUCGACUAUGGUGCCAAUGCAGCCAUCGUAUCCAGCACACUGUCCUUGAACAUGGCCAUCUUUGCCUCUGUCUGCCUGGCCUCACGCCUGCCCCGGUCCCUGCAUGCCUUCAUCAUGGUGACAUUUGCCAUCCAGAUUUUUGCCCUGUGGCCCAUGUUGCAGAAGAAACUGAAGGCAUGUACCCCUCGCAGCUACGUAGGGGUCACACUGCUUUUCGCGUUUGCAUCCUUGGGAGGCCUGUUAUCCAUCAGUGGUGUGGGAGCCAUACUCUUUGCCCUUCUGCUUGUUUCCAUCUCGUGUCUCUGCCCUUUCUACCUCAUUCGCCUGCAGCUCUUUAAAGAAAACAUUCAUGGGCCUUGGGAUGAAGCUGAAAUCAAAGAAGACUUGUCUAGGUUCCUCAGCUAAGUUAGGAAUCUCCAGACUCCAUUACUAAGGCAAGCUUGUAAACUAGCCUCCUAGCUAACCAAGAUUUGAAGACGGAAUUCCGUUCUGGGAGUAGCAUGCUGAUGUGGGUGGGAGAGCAGAGAUUAAAAGAAAAAGUUAACCAAA